AUGAACAUGCCGCGUGUUGUGAUACCAUCUGAUACGAAACUGCUUCUUCUAUAUGAAGAACACGCAAUCACUGAAUCAUGUGCCAAAGCACCCCAUGAACUGACGUUCAAGGAUUCAUCACAGUCUGAUAAAACCAUUAUGGUGAUGCCUGAAGACAUUGAGGCUGCCGGGUUAAGCUUGCAAAACCUGAGUAACUUGACUGAAGCACAAUUUAACAACCUUGUAGCGAUUGCUGAGAGGCGAUAA